GUUUACCAAAUGAAGGAAGUUUGAUUGGAUGUGUCAUCUUGAUGAGAUUGAAAGGCCGUCGCUGGCACCUCAAGGUGAGGGGAUGAUGGAAAAAAGUCUCCGCCGCUAUGAUAUCAUUGCAUUUCAAGUGAGUCAUUGGCUGCCAAAACACCUUUGUUGUGGGAUCCAGGCCAUGGGAGAUUUUCGAAGAUUAUAGGAUUUUAUACCCAGAUUUAAGAUGAGUGUCUCUCGAUUUACCUUUCGUCCAGGUGGGACGUCUGAGGUUGACAUUGAGGCCAUAAUGAAAGCCUUCGACUCUACUCUAAUUCAUUUAGAAAAGACCGGGAACGGAGAGCAAUGGGGUACAAAAUCUACUGCUGAGAGGGAAGGGUAUGCAGAUGGUGUUAAAGAAGACUUGGAAAUCUCGGAAGCCUGGCGUAUGCGAGGAGAAGGAGAGUCAAAGCUGGUUAUUAUGGCGGAGAUUCUCGACACGUCUGAUGCUAAAGAUGGGCUCACCAGGAGGGUUGCUGACGAUGGAACUCUCAGGAUACAAGUUGGCAAUAUGGAGAUGUAUGAAAAUUGUCUAUCAGACCAUGUGGCUGAUCACCCAGAUUUGCAGCCAUCCGUUGACGAGGUGAAGAGCACACCUGGUGGCUUUCUCUAUAUCAAUUUCUUGACUUCAGAUUUUAGAGCAGGGAAUCUCUCUAAAGGAGUAGGCGAAGCGAUGAUCAGAUAUGCUCAGGAAUAUGCGAAACAAAGAGGUAUGGGUGCUCUCUAUUUGGAUGCCUGGAUUGGCGGUACAAGGAAGCUUCUAGAAUAUUAUGAGCGCCUUGGGUUCCAAAAGGUUGUGGACUUCACUUUUGAGCGCAAGAAAACCGGGGGAAUAUGGAAUGGUAGGGUAUACAAACUGGCUCUUUAGGAGGAAGCUGGACUGGUUUGAGCAUUGCAGCAAGUACGAACAUCUGCCUUUGUGGUGUAUCAGUGAAAAUUAUACUUCAUUUCUCAUUAAUGCACAGUUUAGUGAGGCCAUAGGAAACAUUAGGAUUGAUACUCUUUGAAAAAUAUUUUUUUAACAAAGUGCCUAGUUUGAGUUCAUAGAGACGGCUUCGGAGCAGCACCUUUGUUUCUGUCCAUAGUCAAGAUCAGAGAUACCUGGUGGCUUACUGCAAGAAUCUCCCCAUCUUCAUUUCGGAUAAUUGUUUGCAGGUCACAAACACCAUUCACAAUAGACGUCGUGGUCGUGCGCAUGUUCAACCAGCGAAUCCCUUCUGCGGGCAAGGGGCGUUUGUUCUCAAGAUCCAGGACUGCAGUAGCAAUCCAAACGUUUCCACGAUCGCUACCGCGCUUUUUCAACUCUUCGUCAGCUACAGAAUUUCCGCGACGAGUCUUAGUCGUUGCUGAAUCUAGGAGCAUAGCUCGAGUUGCUGAGUCCAACACCCACAUAUGUACAUCUGGAGGGAAUGUAUCUACAAUGUAGGGCAUGAGAUCCUGUGUUACGAGUUCGCCACUUGCUGUACACAUCCACAUGUCCAUAACACCAGGACUAAGCGGCCCGGAUCGUGGAAAGUACAUGCGCCAGUUAUGGCCACAUAGAAUCACGUCAGCCUGACCAGGUGGUAGCGGUGUCUCUACCCAAGUAGCAUCCCCCUUUCUAUCGAGUAAGGAUUCAAAAUUUGGCGUUUCUGCUCGUGUUCCUGCAUCAAUCUCUUCGUAUCCCGUCCCGAGCGUCAAGCCUGACACUGAGUCGAAGUUGGAUUGGAACGCAUAGGCCAAGAUACAUCGUUUCGUUAUUGUUGGAGUCAUCCAGGGUGACCUGUCUAGGAUACCCUCGCCUUGCCACAAGGUUAUGUGCAAUGUUGAAAACUGUUUACCAAUUUUAACAUCCUCGAUGGUGAUGAUGGCUAGGCCAGGCUUUGUGCGAGCCAGAAAUUCGCAGUGCACAUUUACUGUGUCUCCUUGGCUGCGAGACGCAAGGUGUAGACGCGCAGCAGAAAGCAAACAAGAGGAAGAGUAGCCUCCAUUGGGAACUAUUGACGGUGAUCAUUAGCCUACAUUGAAAACAGUGUCUACGAAAAACUCCUACCAUUCCCAAUGCAAAACGUGGGAUCCAGGCUCGCCUGGUAUGUGUGGGAACCGAGCCUCCGCACUUUGAUUGCAUCGGCUAGCGUUGGUCGCGCCAAUGAGGCCAUCUUUGAGUUGGCCCUUCGUUUCUUGAUUCGUGAGGGCAGAAAGCACCGAAAAGUUGUGCGCGCGACGAUUUUGCGAUAUAAAAGAGGAUUGAUGAGGGUUUGGCGGGAU